UCUUUAAUCCCGAAAUUGCGCAAUUUUAAAAUGACUCAAUAACCCUGAAUAUUUUCUGUAAAAAGAUGUAUUACUGCUUACCAACAUAACUCUAUCAAUAAUAAAACGAUAUGUUACAUAAGGUUCUGAAGUUUUGAUGAAAUGUUAAGGGUGAUGCUCAUUGCGCAUUUAGUUAUUAGUGAACUCCAUGGACCAAUAUGUGCUGAGAAGUGUUUACAGCUGAAGGAUUUGGAUCAUGUGCAGCUUGCUCCCUGGUCACUGAUGGCAGAAGAUGAAAGUUCAUCAACCACAAUCAGCGUCCAGUACCAGGGCAUCAUGUGGCAGGUUGACCACUGGACAUUGGCUGUAAACCUCUCCUGGACUGGGCUGGCUCCUGAAUCCAGGGGAAGGAAGUACCUGACUGGAUUUACCUACACAAUUGAUGGGCCGACGGCCAAUAAUGAGCAGAUAACUGAUGGACAGACCACUGAUGGGCAGAUCGCGUUUGUAGUUCUUCCUUUGAUGUCAGAGAAUGAUCCUGCCAAGAACAACUGUAUCAUUCUACCUCACAACCACCCUGACUUAAACAUGGCCUUAUGGAGAGUAGAUUUAGGGUCAUGUGACUGCAAUUUCCAGCCAAUCAGCUGUGUCAAGUCUUGUACAGUCCACAGGCUAUCACAUAGGAACGUUGGGCUUGAUGCAUGCCAUGUUUGGCUCAGACAAAACAAGCAAAGGGUCCGCAUGUAUUUCCGUGCACUUUUGAUCUCAAGGGAAGUUGUAGAAUUUCACAUUCGUGCCCAGAAUAUCAACCCCUACUCCCAUGUCAGUGUUGCCGUGUUUGACGAUGCCAUGGUUGCCAGUGUUAAACCCCUCGUGGAGCAUUCAGUUGACCGGGUUGUCAAUGGAGAAUUCAGCGUCCUUACAAGGUUGAAUAGUGUCAGGGGUACUGACUUCUAUGCGAAGGUGACCAUGCGGUGUGGACAGGAUCAUUUCCUCGACUAUGAGACCGACCUCACGCACCGGAUACACACAACUGACUAUCAUGACCCAGAUGAUGUCAUAGAAUAUAGCAGUGAGACUGUACCCAUUGUUCACGAGUCCAGUAACGCGCAGUACAUGAUUCUGAUUGGCGCCUUUUGCUUGAUAUGUGCCGGUACCGUGUGUGUGUGGCUCAAAGUACACAGCAAGCAUCAACGAAGACUAACUGCGUGCUCGUGUUCGUGUUUGUCAACCAGCGCCCCAAAUACUCUUGCACCUAACAACCUUUAUACGCCCACUAGGAGAACAGCUUUGCAGAAUAGGGAAACAGUUCCCAUUGAAAGCACGAUGGAGGAAACAUACUUUUUAACGAACUCCUGAUGAAGAUUAAACACAAUAAACAGUGCCAAAACACGACCAUGCGUCACCAAAGCGAAGUUUACCAGUUAUCUUCGAGAUAUUUGACAGUGAACACCGUUGUCGCAAAUUCGACGUAUGCUACGUUUGUUUGUUAUUCCGACGGUUUCGUGAUAAAAGGUGUUGUACGGACACUUUGGAGGUGGUCAUAACUAAAUCACUGUUAAAGACAUUCACAGGCAAUUUGAUUCACAUGUUUACUGUCGGUCACACUAAGACAUAAUUCUUUGUCGAUUGAAAAAAAGGCAUGCGCUCGUGAUACUUUUGUUUUAACAUGUAGUUUUUCAGCCAGAGUACAUGUGUGAUACAAAUCUACAGGCCGAGGCAUUAGGGCCGAUAUUCUUAAAACGUACUGAGUCUGUUAUUAACUUAAGUCUAUUUCCAAAAAAAAAUACAAUCAAAUUUAAAGAAAAGAAUGUUUAUUACAUUAAAAAUGGAAAUAAAGUAUUUUAGAUAUUAUAAAGAUAUUAUAGCAUAUGUCCAUAUGGGAUAUGUAACUUAUGCAAAUGACUUAAGUUAGGAGAUGACCUAAUAUGUAAUAUAAAUAUCUGCCCUGCUUUGUAGAAGUAGUCAUGUCAAUUUCACGCUUCACUGUUUCUGCAUUACAUCUAUCAAUUUAAAAUGAAAAUAAACUAUUUUUGCAAUAAUUAUUUUAUUUCCCACGUAUAACACAAAUUUUACAAUGUGAAAUUCCAUAUUUUAAAGUAAGCUUAGCUUGAAGCAAUAAAUAAGGCUACAUAAUAACUGAAGGCAAUGCAACAACCUUUACACCGUUUGAAGAACAGACAUCAACACUUAACCUUGAAUUCAGGCUUUGGCAUGUAUAUCUAUAUAGGGCUUCUAACGUUAUUUUCUCAGAACAUCAGACAAGGUAGAUCAGACUGUAAUCAAACAAAAUUACGGUAUGAAUUGCUUCGUUGUAUCAUCAUUGGCAAAACAUUCUUAAAAUUAUGACCAUACCGUGUGUUGUAUACAAACCAUUUUAGUGCAAUGAUUAUUACGUCCAACAAAUAACAUCUACGCAUGCCAGUCAUAUAGGUAAUACCCAAACAAGUCAAUUUAAAUAAUUUACAUUGAAGAAAAGACGAUGGAAUAACAGCAAUUAAUAUUAAUUAAUAAUAACUAUUUCAUGUAGUCUUAAGAUUAUACUAACUAUUAUUUUAAAUUAUUUGGAUAUUACCAGUGUUCCUAUGAAAAUUAACCUUUCUCGAGAUAUCAACCUUAUAGUGGAUGUAUUUUGUCAAAUACCUGCAUGCGUACUCUGCCGUUUUACAGCGCUUUUAAAAAAUAUUGCGCUGUAAUGACAGUUACAAUUUAUAUGAAAAAAAACAGCA